AUGCCUAUCCAUACCAACUUUACUAAUUUAACUUCACCCCCCUCGAUGUGUCAAAAUUGCGUUCAACAAGCUGUUCAAGUAGCCUUAGCAGUACGACAUGGUCAAUUAAAUCAACGUAUCACCUGCAACUGUCAUUCUAGAAACACGACGGACGGCCCCAACAUCAUCAAAGAAGCCAUCAAUGCCAUGGCAGAUCAGUUACAACGUAUCACCUGUAAUGUCAUGAAGGUAGCUCAUGAAACCGCUGUCGAGGGUAAAUUAGGCGUGCAAGCCGACAUGGAUGAUGACAUGAAGGGCGUCUGGCGUGAUUUUAUCAUGAAUCUAAAUAGUAUGACCAAGAAUCAUUUGCAACAGGUUCUCGAUAUUGCUGACGUCUCUACCGCUAUUGCAAAAGGUGAUUUGAGUAAAACAAUGACUGUGCCUGUGUAUGGAGAAACCUUGAUGUUGAAAAAUACGUUUAAUACGAUGGUCAAUCAUUUGAACCUGUUUGCUUCAGAGGUCACUCGUGUGGCACAUGAAGUCGGCACAGAAGGAAAAUUAGGUGCUCAAGCAAGAGUGGCUGGCAUCAGUGGUAUUUGGAAAGAAUUGACAGACAACGUGAAUACAAUGGCUACCAACUUGACGAAUCAGGUCCGCGAUAUUGCUCAUGUUUCUACAGCCGUUGCAUGUGGUGAUCUCACCAAAAAAGUCACUGUAGAAGUCAAGGGCGAAAUGUUGGAUUUGAAGAAUACGAUUAAUACCAUGGUGGAUCAGUUAUGCACCUUUGCCGGUGAAGUCACCCGUGUCUCCCUGGAAGUCGGUACGGAAGGAAAAUUAGGAGGUCAGGCCGUCGUCAGGGAAAUAGGCGGUACUUGGAAAGAUCUCACGGAUAAUGUCAAUAUGAUGGCCAACAAAAUCACAGAUCAAGUACGUGAUAUUGCCACUGUCGCUAAAGCGGUUGCUGAAGGUGAUCUCACCAAAAAAGUAAAAGCCAAUGCCCAAGGUGAAGUGUUGGAACUAAAAAACACAAUGAAUAGAAUGGUGGAUCAAUUAACUCAGUUCUCAGCCGAAGUCAGAAGAGUGUCCUUGGAAGUAGGCGUCGAAGGAAAAUUAGGUGGACAAGCCAUCGUACCCAACAUCGGCGGUACAUGGAAAGAUCUCACGGACAAUGUCAAUCAUAUGGCGGCCAACCUCACUACACAAGUGCGUUCCAUUGCUGAAGUCACCACCGCUGUAGCCAAAGGCGACCUUUCCAAAAAAAUCGCCGUAGAAACACGCGGUGAAAUCCUCGAUUUGAAAAACACAGUCAACAACAUGGUAGAUCAGUUACGUGUCUUCUCUACUGAAGUCACACGUGUCGCAAAAGAAGUCGGCACAGAAGGCAAAUUGGGUGGCCAGGCCCGCGUUCCCAGCGUGGAUGGUACCUGGCGCGUGUUGACCGAUAACGUAAAUACCAUGGCUUCCAACCUCACCACGCAAGUGAGAUCCAUUGCUGUGGUCACGAAAGCUGUCGCCAAUGGCGAUCUCUCCAAGAAAAUUGAGGUCGAGUCAGGUGGCGAAAUCGCAGAAUUGAAGAAUAUUGUCAAUGACAUGGUGGAUCAACUGCGUGUUUUUGCUUCCGAAGUGACGCGUGUCGCCCGUGAAGUCGGCACCGACGGUAAACUGGGCGGUCAGGCCGUCGUCUUGAGCGUCGACGGUACCUGGAAAGAUCUGACCGAUAAUGUCAAUCAAAUGGCUGCCAAUCUCACAUCGCAGGUGCGUUCCAUUGCGGAAGUCACCAAGGCCGUCGCCCACGGUGACCUCUCGAAAAAGAUCACAGUCGAGUCAGGAGGCGAAAUCUUGGAACUCAAAAAUACCGUCAAUGACAUGGUGGACCAGCUGAACGUCUUUGCCUCCGAAGUCUCCCGUGUCGCGAGAGAAGUAGGUACCGAAGGCAAGCUCGGUGGCCAGGCUGUCGUCCCUAACGUCGACGGGACCUGGAUGGACUUGACAGACAACGUCAAUCAAAUGGCCGCCAAUCUGACCAUUCAAGUGCGUUCCAUCGCUGAAGUCACCAAAGCGGUCGCCCAGGGUGAUCUCUCCAAGAAGAUCGCUGUGGAAUCCGGCGGCGAGAUUUCAGAAUUGAAAAACACAGUCAAUGACAUGGUGGAUCGCUUACGUGUCUUUGCUUCGGAAGUGACGCGUGUCUCCAAGGAAGUAGGUACCGAAGGGAAACUCGGUGGCCAAGCCGUCGUCAAGGACGUCGCCGGCACCUGGAUGGAUCUGACGGACAAUGUCAAUAUGAUGGCCGCGAAUCUUACCAAUCAAGUACGCUCCAUUGCUGAAGUCACCAAAGCGGUCGCCCUGGGUGAUUUAUCCAAAAAAAUUGAAGUAGAGUCGGGCGGUGAGAUUCUUGAAGUCAAGAACAUCGUCAACGACAUGGUCGACCAGCUGAACGUCUUUGCCUCCGAAGUGUCCCGUGUCGCCAAAGAGGUCGGUACCGAUGGUAAGUUAGGCGGUCAAGCCAUUGUCCCCAACGUAGGAGGCACCUGGAAAGAUUUGACCGACAAUGUGAAUCAUAUGGCCGCGAACCUGACCUCCCAAGUGCGUUCGAUCGCUGAAGUCACCAAAGCCGUAGCCAUGGGCGACAUGAGCAAGAAAAUUGAAGUAGAGUCCGGCGGCGAAAUCCUCGAGCUCAAGAACACGGUCAAUGACAUGGUGGAUCAACUCAGAGUUUUCGCUUCCGAGGUGACGCGUGUCGCGAAAGAAGUGGGUACGGAGGGUAAAUUAGGUGGACAGGCCGUCGUGCAAGGCGUAGCUGGCACGUGGAAGGACCUGACGGAUAAUGUCAACAUGAUGGCCGCCAAUCUAACGACCCAAGUACGAUCCAUUGCUGAAGUGACAGAAGCCGUGGCUCUCGGAGACCUGUCAAAAAAGAUUGAUAUCGAGACGCGAGGUGAGAUUCUGGAUCUCAAAAACAUUGUCAAUGACAUGGUGGAUCAGCUGCGUAUCUUUGCUUCCGAGGUGACCCGUGUCUCUUUGGAAGUUGGCACCGAGGGUAAACUGGGGGGCCAAGCGGUGGUACAAGACGUGGCUGGUACUUGGUUUGAACUCACGCGAAGCGUCAAUAUCAUGGCAGCCAAUUUGACAAAUCAAGUGAGGUCCAUUGCAGAGGUCACGAAAGCGGUGGCUCUGGGUGACCUGUCCAAGAAGAUUGAAGUCGAAUCCGGUGGUGAAAUUCUUGAACUGAAAAAUAUUGUAAACAACAUGGUCGAUCAACUCCGUGUCUUUGCUUCUGAAGUCACCCGUGUAGCCAAAGAAGUAGGUACCGAAGGCAAAUUGGGCGGUCAAGCUGUUGUGCCCAACGUCGAUGGCACUUGGAAAGACCUCACCGAUAAUGUCAACCAAAUGGCUGCCAAUCUCACGUCGCAAGUACGUUCCAUUGCAGAAGUCACCAAAGCGGUGGCCCACGGUGACCUGUCCAAAAAGAUUACAGUCGAGUCUGGCGGUGAAAUUUUAGAAUUAAAGAAUACAGUGAAUGAUAUGGUGGAUCAGUUGAACGUUUUUGCGUCCGAAGUGUCUCGUGUCGCCAGAGAAGUCGGUACAGAAGGCAAAUUAGGCGGUCAAGCCGUCGUGCCCAAUGUGGGUGGUACUUGGAUGGACCUGACAGAUAACGUGAACCAAAUGGCUGCUAAUUUGACCAACCAAGUCAGGUCCAUUGCUGAGGUCACAAAGGCAGUUGCCAAUGGCGAUUUAUCCAAGACCAUCAAUGUCGAAUCAGGAGGCGAAAUAGCCGAAUUGAAGAAUACCGUCAAUGACAUGGUGGGCCAACUCAAAGUGUUUGCCUCAGAAGUUUCUCGGGUGGCCAAGGAAGUUGGUACGGAUGGCAAACUAGGCGGUCAAGCGGUGGUACCGAAUGUCGGCGGUACGUGGAUGGAUUUGACGGAUAAUGUGAACCAAAUGGCGGCUAAUUUGACGUCGCAGGUACGUUCCAUUGCAGAAGUCACCAAAGCGGUGGCCAACGGUGAUUUAUCAAAAACCAUCAACGUCGAGUCUGGCGGCGAGAUUGCAGAACUGAAGAAUACCGUCAAUGACAUGGUGGGCCAACUCAAAGUGUUUGCUUCUGAAGUGUCACGUGUAGCCAGAGAAGUAGGCACGGAAGGUAAAUUGGGCGGACAGGCCGUUGUCCCCAAUGUCGGAGGAACCUGGAUGGAUCUUACCAAUAACGUCAAUCAAAUGGCUGCUAAUUUGACAAGUCAAGUACGUUCUAUUGCUGAGGUAACAAAAGCAGUAGCCCUGGGUGAUCUGUCAAAGAAGAUCAUUGUUGAAUCCGGUGGCGAAAUACUAGAGUUGAAGAAUAUCGUGAAUAGUAUGGUCGACCAGCUGAAUGUUUUUGCAUCGGAGGUAUCAAGAGUGGCCCGCGAGGUAGGUACAGAUGGUAAACUAGGCGGUCAAGCUGUUGUGCCAAAUGUAGAUGGUACCUGGAAAGACCUGACAGAUAAUGUCAACCAAAUGGCUGCCAAUCUAACGUCGCAGGUGAGAUCGAUUGCUGAGGUGACAAAAGCGGUUGCUCAUGGUGACUUGUCAAAGAAGAUUGAAGUUGAAUCAGGAGGAGAAAUUCUCGAGUUGAAAAACACGGUAAACGAUAUGGUGGAUCAGCUUAACGUUUUUGCAUCAGAGGUUUCGCGUGUUGCAAGGGAAGUGGGUACAGAAGGCAAACUAGGUGGUCAAGCUGUAGUACCCAACGUGGAUGGAACAUGGAUGGAUCUGACGGAUAACGUGAAUCAAAUGGCUGCUAAUCUAACCAACCAAGUCCGUUCGAUUGCUGAAGUGACAAAAGCUGUUGCGUUGGGUGACCUUUCCAAGAAAAUUGAGGUAGAGUCUGGUGGUGAAAUUUCAGAACUCAAGAAUACCGUGAAUGACAUGGUGGAUCAACUCCGUGUAUUUGCCUCCGAAGUAACUCGUGUCGCUAAGGAAGUAGGUACUGAAGGAAAGCUAGGUGGUCAAGCUGUUGUAAAAGACGUAGCAGGCACAUGGAAUGAAUUAACAGAAAAUGUGAAUAUCAUGGCUGCUAACUUGACAACGCAAGUUCGCUCGAUUGCUGAAGUGACAAAGGCCGUCGCGAGUGGUGACAUGAGCAAGAAGAUUCAUGUCGAGACUCGUGGUGAAAUUCUAGAGCUCAAGAUCACAGUGAAUAGUAUGGUGGAUCAGCUAAGAGUUUUCGCUUCCGAAGUGACUCGAGUGGCUCGUGAAGUGGGUACCGAAGGUAAAUUGGGAGGUCAAGCUACAAUCAUCGGUGUUGAUGGUACUUGGAAGGAUUUAACUGACAAUGUCAACUUGAUGGCCAGCAAUUUAACGGAUCAAUUGCGAUCCAUUGCUGCUGUAUGUAAAGCAGUUGCUCAAGGCGAUCUCUCAAAAAAGAUUGAGGUCGAAGUGCACGGUGAAAUCGCUGAACUGAAGAACACUAUCAAUACUAUGGUUGAUCAAUUAAGCUCAUUUGCUGCUGAAGUUACGCGUGUUGCUAAAGAAGUUGGUACAGAGGGUAAAUUGGGCGUACAAGCUCAAGUUGAAGAUAUCCAAGGAUUGUGGCGUGAUAUUACUAGCAAUGUGAACACCAUGGCCUCUAACUUGACUACUCAAGUGCGUGCUUUUGCUCAAAUCUCAGCUGCUGCCACAGAAAAUGAUUUCUCUCGUUUGAUCACUGUAGAAGCAUCGGGUGAAAUGGACUCUUUGAAAACCAAGAUCAAUCAAAUGGUGAACUCUUUACGUGAUGCGAUCCAAAAGAACCGUCAAGCUAGAGAAGCAGCUGAAUUGGCCAAUCGGUCAAAGAGUGAAUUCCUUGCUAAUAUGAGUCAUGAAAUCAGGACGCCUAUGAACGGUAUCAUUGGUAUGACGUCGCUAACGCUAGAAACCGAAUUGACACGGCAACAGCGCGAAAAUUUGAUGAUAGUGUCCAGUUUGGCCAACAGUUUGCUGAGCAUCAUUGAUGAUAUACUGGAUAUUUCCAAGAUCGAAGCGGGACGCAUGACAAUUGAAUCUAUACCCUUCUCUCUUCGUUCGGCUAUUUUCAGUGUGCUCAAGACACUGGCGGUAAAGGCAAACCAAAAGAAACUUGAUUUGAUUUACAAUGUAGACAGUGCUAUUCCUGAUCAGCUGAUCGGUGAUCCACUUCGGUUGCGUCAAGUUAUUACAAACUUGAUAGGUAAUGCUGUGAAAUUUACUACACAAGGUGAAGUGUCGCUUGAAACUCGGAUCGUCAGUAUGCAAGGCGAUAAUGUUAUUGUAGAACUGUGUGUUCGUGAUACAGGUAUUGGUAUACAAGAAGAUAAGCUCAAUGUUAUUUUUGAUACUUUCUGUCAAGCCGAUGGCUCUACUACACGUGAGUAUGGUGGUACUGGUCUAGGUUUAUCCAUUUCGAAACAAUUAGUACAAUUGAUGGGCGGCGAUUUAUGGGUCACUUCUAUGUAUGGGCGAGGAUCGCAAUUCUUUUUCACACUUACUUUCAAACGGUAUCCUAGAGAAUUACACGAUGCUCUGGAAAAGAUGAAGCGAUUUAGAAGACGCAAUGUCCUCUUCUUGGACAGUUCCGAUGACCAAAUGGCUAUCGAAUCCAAACUGAAAGAACUCGGCUUAACUCCUUUCCGCGUCACUGAUAUGUCAGAGGCAGUGAAUAUCACUGAUAUACCAUCCUCGAAGUCUGGCAGUACUAGUAGCAGCCAACAAGCACCCAUAUUUGAUACCGUCAUCGUUGAUAACAUAGCUCAUGCAGAAAAGAUCCGUGAGGCUGUUCAUUUGCGUUAUACACCUAUUGUGCUUAUCGCGCCUGAAAUUCACCGUUUAAAUAUGAGAUUAUGUAUUGAUCUGGGUAUUACCGGAUAUAUCAAUUCGCCUGUCAACUUAUCCGAUCUCGCUUAUACACUCCUGCCUGCAUUGGAAAGUAAUUCAUCCUUACCAAACGAUUCGGCGAUACCUGUUCCUCUCGAAAUUUUACUAGCUGAAGACAACAUAGUGAACCAGAAAUUGGCUGUGCGAAUAUUAGAAAAGUUUGGACAUAAAGUGGAAAUUGUUUCCAAUGGAAAACUAGCAGUGGAUGCUUUCCGGGUGAACAAAUAUGAUUUGAUUCUGAUGGAUGUGCAGAUGCCAAUAAUGGGUGGAUUUGAAGCAACACAGAAGAUCCGCGAAAUAGAAAGCACAUCAGGUACUAGAUCUCAUGUUCCUAUUAUCGCUCUAACAGCACAUGCUAUGAUUGGUGAUCGAGAAAAAUGUCUUCAGUCAGGCAUGGAUGAAUAUGUGACAAAACCUUUAAGGUUCCCUGAACUUAUAGCCGCUAUAAAAAAGUUUGCGCCUCACUCUGCCCAUCCGAUCAUGACUCAACUGACCAAAAAACGCUAA